AUGGAGGGGCUGGUCUUGCUCAAGGCCCUGGUCACCCGGCUGCUGUUCCUCUUGCAUUCCCUGGUCGCCGUCUGGAGAGUGACCUGGGUGAAGGAAGAACACCGUUACUGGCUGCUGGCCCUGCUCAACGUCUUGCUGGUUCUGGAGACAGUGCUAACCCUCAAGUUCAAGCGAGGCCGAGGCUACAAAUGGCUUUCUCCGGCCAUCUUUUUGUACCUGAUCAACAUCAUGCCGUCCCUGUGGCUCCUUGAAAUGCACCAUGGAAACCAGUAUUGCAGCGCCCAGUCUGAGAGAAUGGCACAGAACUUCAGCAGAAGAGGAGAUGUCAAUCAAACCCUGUCAUCCCACAGAGCCACCAAUGGAAUGGGGAAUAUCCUUGAGCUGGCCAGAGGCUUUGUCGACAACAUAUCCAUGGUAUGCGAACCGGUCUGGACCUUAGGACUUCACCAGACACUCCUGCUAAUAUUAAUCAUUGGACGGUGGCUUCUCCCCAUUGGAGGCACCAUCACUAGAGACCAACUCUCAGAACUUCUUCUGAUGUUUGUGGGGACGGCGGCUGACAUACUAGAGUUCACUACUGAGACUCUGAAGGAAAAUGAUGUCAGAAAUAACCCGGCUCUGGUCUCUGGCAUUCUUGUGGUGUGGACCUGGAGUAUGCUUCAGUUUCCCCUUGAUCUGGCAGUCCAGUUGAAACUUGUAUGCCCUUCCUCAGUGAAAGCCAGGGGCUUCCUUAGGGUUUUCCUGUGUCAGUACAGUGCGGAUCUAUGGGCCAUUGGCCUCAGCUUCUUCAUCCAAGAUGGUCCCUUCCUCGUUGUGCGCCUCGUCUUGAUGAUCUACUUCAAAGUGAUCAACCACAUGUUGGUGUUUUUUGCUGUGAAGAAUUCCCUAGUGAUGGCUCUGCACUUCUACCGGCUUGUGGCUUUGAUCAUAGCCACGCGUGACUUCAUGCAAGAUCAUCCAGAAAGCCCCAAAAGGGUGCACAGUGGCCCAGACCAGCUCUCUGAGAGCGGGCCCAGUGAGUGGGAGGACGCCUCCCCGGAGGCUCUGCCUUUGGGAACCUCACCUGUCACCUCUGAGGAGUCUUACCCGACGACACCUUAACUAUUGUUUCCAACAUGGAGCCGCGAGGCUUGACUCAUUCACUUCUUACCAGCCAUAUUUGCAUACACCACUUUUAAAGGAAACAAGAUGAGAUGAUCUUGUAUCAAAGCCAAGGUACUGCUCUAUUUUUUUCAUCUGAGUGGAAGGAACUUUGACGACAAGUGGCUGUCGCUACAACCUCCUGCUCUGGUAGCGGACAUUACACUGCUCCGAGAACCAUUCUAAGUGAUUGGUUCAUAUUGAACUGCUUGAAACAUUGUAGACAGGACAUCGUAGCACACCCACCAAAGAUUUAAGGCAGACAUUUGCCAACCCCUCCCCCAUCCCUUGCUCUCCCCAGUUGCCUAAUAGUACAGAAGUUUUUGAUUGGUUGGACUAUGUCACUCUCUCCUCCGAUGUUUUCUGCAAUGUCCCUGUGACAUUUUUUUUUUUUUAAAAAGUGCAUUUAGUGAAUGCUGAACAAAGGAGAGAAAAAUGCUUUUAAAAUCAACUUGCCGUGGGCUGGAAGCUAGGAACUAAUGCUGCCCAGCUUCCUCAGUGCAGAAAAAUAGCUGUGGUAUCUGCAUAGGCCUUUACAGGAAUCCCAUUCUUCUGGACCAAGGUGAGAGUCUAUCAUGGUUCGUGUGUUCUUAGAGCAUCCUUACGGCUUUGGGUUUGAGUAGCGCAAAGUUUACAGCAAGCCACCUGGGUUCUAGCAGCUUUGUAGCUAGGAGAUAUCAGUGAGACACCUGCAAGUCACACUUUCUACAGAUCCAUUGGUAUUUGAAUACCCAGUUACCUUUUUCUGCCUUAUCGAGGUGCAUCAUGGAAUCAGGACUCAAGGAGCACUAGCAUGCACUGAGGAAGGUGUUUGAGGCCCCUUGUGUUACCAUGGUUUCUGGUGGCUGCCAGCAGCCACAGCAGGAGCAGCAACAGUAACAGAGAGAGGCAUGGGUCCUGGAAAAUGCCAUCCCUGGCCCCAGCUUGGUUUCAAGAACAAGUUGGUGGAAGGUGGUGACAGUCUCGUUCCUCCUGGGAAUCAUAGUGGCUUCAUUUCCCACUAAUGAAUUAGUUUUUCUCUUCCACAGCUCUGUAAAUCCUGGGUGGAAGUGACUCCAAACCUUUGAAAGUGACUCUUGCUUUUAAAUACAUGGUGAAAAUGUGACUUGGUAAUCUGUGAAACAACUCUAAAUUUCAAUGUUAGAAUUUAAGGCAUCAGUCGAGCCUUGCUAGAAUCCCCAAGAACUCAAAGACAUUUAUUCAGAAAACUUCCUAAAUUGGAGGCAACCAUAAGACAAUUAGUUGGGACAAUGACUUUUUAAAGAAAAAAAUCUAUGAAUUUCUGGUAUGGUAUGGUAUGGUAUUUACCCACCUUGUUUGAUAACAAGUUUUAUUAAAAAAAAUCUAUUUUAUACAAAGCUUUAA